UUCUCCUUAUGUAUGUAGUUCAUUUCAUCUGUAGAUAUAUAUAAGGGGAAUAGAAGCAAAUAUGAAUUUCUCUCUUCACUUGAGCGUUAUCAAUCUCUUCGUUAAUAUCGAGUUUCAUAGAUAAACUUCUGCAAGUGAAAAAGAAAGGAUGAGUGAAGGACUGAGCGACAGUGAGACUCAGGUGGGCGAGAAUAGCGUCGGUGAUUGGCUUGAAUCAGAUAGUGCACCUACCGCCGCCAUAAAUGGGUUCGGCAACCCUGACGGCCCAAUGAGCCGAGGGAUCAAACGCCCCCGAGAUUUCUUGGGGAUGCGAUUUUAUCCCCGCACAACGGAGGUGUACGAGCAGAACGUUGGCUUAGGGCAGCAACAGCAGCAGCUCGGUGAACCCAGUUGGGAAGUGAGAAAUAAUGUUGCUGUGGACGACAGAAACAUUAGUACUAAUAUUCCCUAUGAAGGUCCAAAUCCUCAACAAGUUGAGGGACAUGGAUCAGAUUCGGCAUCUUCUUUCAUGAACGGCUAUGGUAGGUCAGAUAGCUCUAGGGCCACCGACAUUCUGAUGUCGGUUUCAGUCUCUACGGACUUCACCAAGAUAAAGAUACUUGAAUUUGCAAAUUCCGCUAUGGAGGAUCUGAUAACAAUGUCCAAGAAAGAUUUCAACCCUUUUGAUUAUCGGCAUGCUGAUCGGAUGCGGACAGCUGGCUUUGGAAACAAUCAGAGCCUUCCUUGCUCCGGAUACCUCCAUUUGGAAGCUUCUAGAGAGACCGCCUAUGUCGGUAUGAAUCGACUAGGCAUUGUUGAAAUGCUGAUGGAUUCGAACCGGUGGGCUGCUAAGUUCGCUGAUAUUGUGUCAAGGGCAAUACUACUUGCAGUUAUAAAUCCAGGAACGGCAGAAUACGAUGGGGCCCUACAAGUGAUGACGGCAGAAUUUCAUAUCCCGACUCCACUGGUCCCAGUCAGAGACAGUUACUUCGCGAGGUACUGCAGGAAGCUGUCCCCCGACACCUGGGGAGUUGUCGACAUCUCACUCGAGAGCCUAUUUCCUUAUCCAGCAUCGACCCGAUACCGCAGAAAGCCUUCGGGCUGUCUGAUCCAUGAGCUACCAAAUGGUUGCUCCAAGAUUAUAUGGCUUGAGUAUGUGGAAGCAGACAAUGGCUUGGUCCACAAGAUUUUCCAACAUGUUGUAUGCUCAGGCUAUGUGUUUGGGGCACAGCGCUGGGUUGUGGCAAUUGCUCGGGAGCAUGACCUGCUUCAAGCACUAAUGAAUAUGACUCCUUCAGAAGGCGCACUGCGUAUAACUCCAAUGGGCAGGGUAAGCCUGCUGAAGCUGGUGGAGAAGAUGACAAGAGAGUUCUUUCUAGAUGCAAGUGGCUCUUCGACAAACAUGUGGAUGACUUUGCCAUUACAUGGUAACGAGGACAUAAAGAUCACGGUGAAAAAUAGGGCUCACAGUUUUGGAUUUCUCGGCGGUAGAACCAUCGUGCUGUCCACUUCCGUGGAGAUCCCAGUCCCACCGAAGCGAGUCUUCAGUCUUCUUUCCGCUGCUGAAUCCCGACCCAAGUGGGAUUUCCUCUCACAGAGCCAUGUAAUUCGAGAACUGGCUAACAUCAUAGUCGGUUCAAAUCCAGAGAGUCGCGUUUCAAUACUCGAAAUCAUUAAUACUACCCCGGAGAACACAGAUGCACCGAUGUUUUAUCUGCAAAAGAGUUACAUAGACCCGACCUUCGCCUAUGUUGUCUAUGCACCUAUUGAUGUCCCGGCCAUGUCGAUGCUCCUGAGCGGCGGGGACCCAGAAUCAGUCGCGUUCAUGACCUCAGGAUUCAUGAUGUUCCCUGACCGCCCGAUACUGCCAGGUGAAGAGAGCAGCGGAAGUCUCCUAACUGUCUUGUUCCAUAUCCUGGACGAUGCGCCCCGGGAGGACCAUUACUGUCUAUCCUUGAAUUCACUGAACGUGUCGCACAGUCUUAUCUCCGGAACAGUGGGCAUGAUCAAGGAUAACUUCAUUCGCGGUCACCAGAGGAGCGGCGGUCGCCGAGGAAACUGAGGCUAGAGGAUUCGAUGUUUCAUGUGGGUGGAAAAAACCUAAUAAAGAACCUUAUGGCAGAUUUUAGAUAAUGUGCUGUGUUGUGUUGUGUGUAAGGUUUUCAUGCGUGUCUUGUGCUUUUUAAUCAUAUAGAUGUACUUUAAAAACCCCCUUGUUAGGGGAAGCUUUGGGACUUCUCGUAUUAUGAUCCUAUGUUUUCCCCCCUUUGUCUUGUUGUCUUCCUAAAUCCUUUGGAAAUAUGUUUCCUAUGA